AUGGCGUAUAGAACCCUUACGCGGCGGGAUGAGCCCACGAACAUCUAUAACCAAAUCCGGCUGCUUGAUGUCUACGCAUCAAACUCGGCUGCUGUCGCCGGGGCUAUCCGCAUCGGCUUACACAACCUUUGCUACCAAUCAGCAGCACUCGAGCGACAGGUAAAAGAGAAAUCUCGACAAAACAAGUCCUACGUAGAGUACGCCCAAAGACUGCAGAUAAGGGUGUGGGAGAUGAUGGAGCAACUCCGCCAGUCAAAGCUACGAGCGUUACAGCUGCAGGCGGAGCUCCAGUCUAAGCGAGUGUCUGCCACCGGGUCGAGGCAGCGCAGACAGCGCAGAAACGGCAAGAAACACAAGCCUCAUGGAAGUGAGUAUUGGGAAGGUCGCUGA